CGCUCCGCUCCGCUCCGUCACUGCGCGGCGCCGCGGCCGGGUCCGCCAUGGCCUCGGGGGGCUCCGCCGCCGCCGCCCGCGCCGCCGAGGAGCCGCCGCCGGCCGAGCCGCCCGCCGAGCAGAAGCCGCCGCCGCCGCCGCCCGCGCAGGAGGAGUUCUCCUUCCUGCCGCUCGUCCACGACAUCAUCAAAUGCAUGGACAAGGACAGCCAGGAUGUUCACCAGGUGCUGAAUGAGCUGAAGAACAAGUUCCAGGAGAUGAGGAAGCUGAUCAGCUCCAUGCCUGGCAUCGGUGUGAGCCCAGAGCAGCAGCAGCAGCAGCUGCAGAACCUGCGGGAGCAGGUCCGGACCAAAAAUGAACUGCUGCAGAAGUACAAGAGCCUUUGCAUGUUUGAAAUCCCCAAGGAGUAGGAAGGGUCACGGCUCUGCUCUCCAGGUCCAGCGUACCUCCUCUUCUGGCUGAACAGGAGAGAAAAAGGUGGCAGAAGUUUACUUUUCUUUCUUUUAUGCUUUUUUUGGUCACAUUGCUCUGAAGUUGUGUCUGUGUGGAUCACAGGCAUGUGGCACUGAACCGGAACACUGUGCUUCACAUACGAUUACGGCGGUACGUUCACUUUGAUCCGCUGUAGGACUGUGCAUUUAUAUAUGCAUCUCUUCUGUUUUCUCAUGGGGUGGGGUGUUUUUUUUUUUCUUCACAUUCAAGCAAACAGGAGACGUUAUGUUUUCUCCUCGCUAAAGGUCAAAGUACCUGCUGGUUAACUUCAACAAGAAAAAGAGGGCUUUUUCUGCAAUGUUUUUUUCAUUUCUGAACUGAUACAAGUGGCCAGACAUCAAAAGGGAGCAUAAGAGGGAAGCGUGAACUGGUUGGCCCUGCUCCUGAAAAGGGUCUCUGGGGCAUUUUCCAGUCUGUCUGUGUCGAAAGAGGAAUGAUUGCUUUCAAUUACUUUUGUAUUUCUCUCUUUCUCUUUUUAAACAAGUGAUGGUUCUGUCUGAGAUGAGUAAAGAUUUAGAAAUUCCAAA